GGUAGUGGUCUAAAAGCUGAUUCCGCAUAAGUCAGAGAAGAAUGGUGAGACUCUGGCCGUCCUACUCUAUUACCACGACGUUCGUGAGAAAUGUAAAGCCGUGUGUCACUUGCGUCUUCUUCGUUAUUCAAUUCUCUUUGCAGUCCGUAGCUUGUAACUACGUUGUGUGAAUCGUAAUUGCGCGAAACUUGGGUUUUAUCAUUUCAAUUGAUACUAAUAACAGACAGAUCAUUAAGGAGCGAUAAUGGCUAUCACAUUAUCCACUGAUAACAAAUUGGAAUACCGUUUCUAUCCUGUUAACGGUAGGCAAAUUCAAUUCCGUAUCAAGGCACCAAAUGAUGCUCACAUAGCCUUAACUACAGGACCCAAUGAAAGCGACCCCAUGUGGGAGGUUUUUAUCGGCGGUUGGAACAAUUCAAAAUCUGUUGUUCGCAAAAACAGAACGAAACCUGAUGUUAUCGAAGUAAACACCCCGAAUAUUCUGAGUGCUGAUGAACUACGUGGUUUUUGGAUAAGGUGGAAUGAUGGUGAAAUCACAGUGGGAAUGGAAGGAGAGCAAAGUUCUUUUCUUAGUUAUACUGAUCCCGAGCCCUUUGAAAUUACUCACUUUGGUGUAUGUACUGGUUGGGGUGCUUCUGGCGAGUGGCUAAUUGAAGCAAGAUGUAUCGCCGGUCAUUAUGGUGGUAAUGCAACAGUGGCCGCACCAACGCCGUCGGCACCUGAUGAUCAGCUGAGUAGCAUUAUCUGGUCCGAUGUGAAAGGUGGAGUGCUGCCUCCAGGUGCCGUUGUAGGUGGUGAAGACGAUGAGCCCCUCUAUAUUGGCAGAGCCAACCAUGAGGGUGCCCUCUUACCCGGUAAAGUCAAAUUUAGCCACGGUGUUUGUUACGUGGCUUGGGGCGGUCUCGAGCACACGAAAACUGAAUACCAGGUAUUGUGCAAUUGCAGCCCUAUGUGGAUGCCAGUAAGUGGCAACAACAUUCCACCAAACGCCUUACCUGCAGGUCAAACCGAAGAUGGGGAGCCACUCUUUGUUGGCCGUAUCAAUCAUCAGAAUACACUGACUCUUGGAAAGGUCCAUCCAUCCCAUGGAUGUCUGUACAUCCCAUUCGGAGGUGAAGAAAUUCCCUUUAACGAUUACGAGAUACUCAUCAAUUAGAUACGUCUC